GAUAGACAGAGUGUGGGACGGACUGACUGAAGUGUGGGACGGCUGACGAGUGUAAGACUGACAAACAAAAAGUGGGACUGACCGACCGGUUGUAUGUGCCCGACAGGUUGUGCUGUGUCUGAUGCAUGCAUCUUGGCCUUGUAUAUCACGUCGAGUGAAGCGACUGAAAGAAAUAGUUCUUUGAUGGACUUUGUAGGUGGGUUGUGAGACAGAGCCGGUGAGUUUGUGACUGAGUUCAAGUGUGAGUGAAAUCCUCUGUGUCUGUCUGAGGUGCUGACUAAAAUGUUCCUCCUGCCUCCCAAGCUCUGGGUAUACACCACGGACACCAAAUACUUGAGCUGCUUUUAUUCCAUCCUAAAAUAUGUAUUAAUUGGCCGGGCGAUGGUGCCGCACGCCUUUAAUCCCAGCACUCGGGAGGCAGAGCCAGGCGGAUCUCUGUGAGUUCGAGGCCAGCCUGGACUACCAAGUGAGUUCCAGGAAAGGCGCAAAGCUACACAGAGAAACCCUGUCUCGAAAGACAAAAAAAAAAAAUAUGUAUUAAUUGAGCUGGCCAGUGAGCCCUGGGGAUCCGCUUAUCUCUGCUUUCCUCUGUGCUGAGGUUGUGGACCUGCACAGCCGUGCUGGGCUUGUGAGCCCCGGGGAUCCAAACUCAGGUCACGCUUACUAUGCAAGCACUUGACCCGACUGAACCAUCUCCUUAGCCCUGUUGAAGUUACUUUAUUCUUUCGUUUUAUAAUUAUGUUUUCAUGUGUAUGAGUGUUUGACCUACAUGUAUGUCUCUGUACCAGAUGCAUGCCUGGUGGAAACCAGAAGAGGAUGUCAGAUGACCUGAGAUUGGAAUUACAGAUAGUUGUGAGCCACUAUGUGGGUGCUAGGAAUGGAACCCAAGUCUUCUGAAAGAGCAUUCAAUGCUCUUUACUGCUGAGCCAUCUCUCCAGCCCCUAAGUAGAUUUUUUUUUUAACAUGUGGCACCCAAGUGGAGAGCAAAUGACAAUGUGCAAGAGUCAGUUCUCUCCUUCCAUCGAUGUGGUUCCUGCACCUUUACCUGUGGAGCCAUCCCAUUGCCUGCCCCCCUCCUUUUUUAACUUUAUUGAAUCUGUUAUUUGAUAAUUUCAUACAUGUUGACAUGCAUUAUCAUUACUAUAACCGCCCCCCCCAUCUUACUCCUAUCCCUGUUAGCCUCCUCCUCCUUACAGAUCUUCCCACAUCAUGACUGUUUUGUUUUUGAGACCUACUGAAUUUCACCAGGACCAUCUGUGACCAUAGGUUUGAAACUCUCUGCUGGCGCUUAAUGGUGAAGCUCUAACAUUUCUGCAGACCCAAUUCUGAGGCUCUAGCCAUCCCGUGUCUCACUGAGUUCAUCUGCCCAAUGGCCAUCCCCAAGUGCCCUCUGAGCCCAGUUCUCUGGGAACAGGACAGCUUCCUUCAGGUGAAGGUGAAAGAGGAGGAAGAAGCUGGCCUCUCCCAGAGCCAGGGAUCCCCCGCUAGCCCUACUGCCCAUCCUGAGGCCGCCCGCCUCCGCUUCCGGCACUUCCGCUAUGAGGAGGCAUCCAGCCCCCAUCAGGCACUGGCGCAACUUCGAGAGUUAUGUUGCCAGUGGCUGAGGCCAGAGUCGUCCUCCAAAGAACAGAUGCUGGAGUUGCUGGUGCUGGAGCAGUUCCUGGGUGCACUGCCCCCUGAGAUCCAGGCCUGGGUGGGGGCUCAGUGCCCGAGGAGUGGAAAAGAGGCUGCCGUACUGGUGGAGGAUCUGACUCAACUGCUGGACAAGAGAGGAUGGGAGCCAGGAGUGGAACAUGAAGAGGCAAGUUGCAAACAGAGCAGUACAGAUGAGUUACAACCACCAGGCAUGGCCACUGAAACACUAAUAAGAGGUCUUUCCCCAAAAUCCACCUUUGCCCACACUUGUAAGCCCGAGAGCAGCUCUGAGAGCCAGUCAGAGCUCCUAGGAACACUCUGGAUGAAGUCUGCUGCCCAAGAGAUGGAUUUCAGGAAAGACCUGGAGCCUCACACAGAUGCCCCCAAAGACCAGCCGGGCCAUGAGUCUGAUGCCUCAGGAAACAGUUCCAACAUGUGGCCCACCUUCCCUUCCCAAGACAAGUCUCCUUCAGAGGAGAAAUUUGGCCCAUUGUAUGGUUACGGGACAGUAGCUCCAGAUACAUACUUAGGAAAGAAGCCCUCCAAGUUCGGAGAAUGUGUGAGAACAUUCCAGAAUACUUCAGCCCUGGAGGCCCACCAGAAGAGCCACUCUCAGAAGAUGCCCUAUGCCUGUAUUGAGUGUGGGAAGGCCUUCAGCCGGAGCACCCACCUUGCCCAACACCAGGUUGUCCACACAGGAGCAAAGCCUCAUGCAUGUAACGAGUGUGGGAAAGCCUUCAGACGAGUCACCCACCUGACACAGCACCAGCGCAUCCACACUGGGGAGAAGCCCUUCAAGUGUGAGGAGUGUGGCAAAACCUUCAGCCGCAGCACCCACCUCACGCAACAUCAACGGGUGCACACGGGGGAGCGGCCCUACGAGUGUGAUAUGUGCGGCAAAGCCUUCAGCCAGAGCACCCACCUGACACAGCACCAGCGCAUCCACACUGGGGAGAAGCCCUACAGGUGUGCUGUGUGUGGGAGAGCCUUCAGUGACUGUUCAGCUCUGGUCCGGCACCUGAGAAUCCACUCCGGAGAGAAGCCCUAUCAGUGUAAGGAUUGCCCAAAGGCCUUCGCACAAAGCUCAUCCCUCAUUGAGCACCAGCGUACUCACACGGGAGAGAAGCCUUACAAAUGCAGUGACUGUGGGAAAGCUUUCAGCCGCAGCUCGGCGCUCAUGGUACACCUCAAGAUCCAUAUCACUGUGCUUCAGUGACUGGAAAAACCACAGCACAGCCUCCCUCAGAGGCUUGACAUCUAAGAAACCCUGAAUUCCACAGGAGCCAGGAUCCCCACUGGUUGGUAACUGUGUCACCCAGUGUCUAAGGGCAGACUGGGGCCAUCUGGGAACACCUCUACAUUUGAGAGCCCAGGUGAAGUCCCCUAAUGAGCACAGAGAUUCAGACCAAUUGAGGAAGCUUCUAGAUUGCCCUUUCUAUCCCACUCAGGCUGGUCCCAGAGAAGAGACACCUGAGCUAAGAAUCUGCAUGGGUUCUUGGAACCAGAACAAGUAAAGCUGGUGUCUGUCUGGGCUCAGGUGACCCAAGAUCCUCUGGGUAGGAAGACUCAAGCUUCAUGUUCUCACAUGGCUACUGUUCUUGCCAGUUCCUGUACUGUUCAGCUUGGAAAGGACAUCUUCCAGGCCCACUCUGUGCCUUCCUACCUGCUUCCCCACCACAUUAAUGUAUGCCUAACUCCAAGACAGACACGAGAGGCUGCCCUCCCGUGAAGCCCUCUCCAUGCCAUCCUGAUCGUGUUUCCCUGUUUUCAUCCACAACAGUACUUGACACUUGCCCAAUCUCUGUCUUUUCCUCCCACAUCUUCCUUUCGCAUCUCCUAGACUCCAGCCCUGUGGAUUCACCUCAGGUUCAUCUCUAAUCCAACCCCUCCUCCAGCAUCACUGUCUGUGAGCGCUGAUUGCCUCCCACUGGAUUUUUAUCAGGGUCCUUUCUCAGCCCUUCCUGCCUUCAUUCCAUCCCCACCCACUUUCUUCCUGCUGCAAGCUGCUACCCAAAUCAUGUUGUGUCAUUCCAUGGCAGGAAGUUGUCCAGUGAGUCACCUUUUCAGUAAACCUUGUUGAGGGAGGUACAAAUACGCCAGGAUAUGUGUCACUUUGGCCCAAGCAAUUGCUCUGAUGAUCCUCAAAUGCGUAUAUGAAUGUUUGUCUUUGUCGCACGGUGAUGUAAAAGUGGUCUCAAAGUACUGGUCUGCCUGUUGGGCAAACUACAGCCCUUGCCUGUUGUCUGUUUGCUCCAAAGCUGGCCUCCUCUUGCCUCUUCCACUCCUGUAGCCUCACCUCCCACAUGCCAGCCAUACUUUCUCCCACCUGUGUGCCUUUCUACCUGUCCCUGGAACCCUCAUGCCCUCCUCUGUGAUAUCUCAGAUGUCCUUGAGAAGCUUCCCCAGCCAUUUUGAACUGACUUCAUCUUGCCUGACACUCCCUUGCUGCUGUGGUGCCCCAUUCAUAACUGUCUUAAACCUCUGACCAUGUCAUUGUACUUGCACUUCUUACAGAAUGCACAGGCCAGCGCUCCCAAGGACACAGAAUAGCUCAUGCUGUGGACACAGUGCACAAGAUGCUCAAACCCUUUCCAGUGUCUCCAGGAUGAGUGUGACCAGUACCUCCCUUGGGUAGUUACUGUCCUCCACCCAUGUUUUCUUCAUAAAGACAUUUGUGGAAAAGCCUCUCUUCCCACAUAAGCCCAGCUGCAGUAGUCAAAACAGAAGGCUAUACUGAGUCUUCCUUGCCUUGGGUGCCAUAGACUUAGGGAUGCCAGCACUCUGCUAGUCCUAAAAGCAUAACCUGUUUACUCUGCCUGCCUUCGUUUCCCUCAGAAAGACGAUCCCCUGGCUCUUGUGUCUCCUGACUAACAUGGGUGACUUCAGAAGAUCCUCAGUCUUGGAUCUACAUGAGCUACUGUAUCUAGACCAUUAGCAUAAUUCAUUUUGUUUCCCGGAGCCUCCCAUGUCUCCUCUUACGCCUCAUCUGAUGGACUAUCACAUACAAGAACAGAGACCACCAGGAGAGCUGCAAACUGGAGAAUUUCAAUAAAAAUGCUGCAAGUCCUA